AGGUGAGGUAUGAUGCGUUCUCCUCUCUAUCGUAGUUACAGUGCUUGGGUCGCGAGCAGGCGAGGUAUGAUGCCAGAUCUACCGGCCUCUCCCUCCCCAGCCCUCGGGCUAUGGCUCUCCCCUCCGCCUCCGGCCCUCUCGGCCUCUCCUCCACCUCCAAACUACCCGCCCACCCCCUUAGGCGCCCAUCGUCCUGCUGCCGGCGCCUCCACUCUCCAUUCCUCAGUGCGCCAUGGUGGUGCUCUCGCUCGCCUGCGUAACCAUCGUCCUCAUCUGGGUCAACACCACCAGGAUCCUCGUCUUCCUCGGCCAGGAGCCGGCCAUAUCGGCCGUGGUCGGCGAGCACGCACGGUGGACGAUCCCGUCGCUCCUCGUCUACGUGCCCCUGCAGUGCCACAUACGGUUCUUGCAGUCGCAGACCAUCGUCCUGCCCGUGACGGCCAGCUCCGGCGCCACCGCGCUCUGCCACCCGCUCGUGUGCUGA